AUGACAAGGCCUCGAGUGUUGUUCGUCGCCCAUGAUGUAAGAAUCCAGCGAAACAAAGCCGAAGCCUUGUUUCACUCUGUUUACCAAGAGGAGGAACCAUUGUUGUCGUCUGGUCAACAACAGAUACGCACCAACGAAGCAGAAGUACCACUUGAUGAAGUUUCUCAACCCAUCCGAGGUUUGAUCUGUCUUCGAGGUGGUACUAAUGUUGUGAUUUGCAACCCAAGUGCGAAAAAGUUUCGGCGUUUACCUCAGAUCCAAAGGCCUAACGGAGCAUCCAUAAGAUGUUUUUUCGGAUACGAUGAAUCUACGGAUGUACUCAAGGUGUUAUGUAUUACACAGUUCGGAGAUGGUAGGCGAACUAAGGAGUUUCAUGUAUACACGGUGACAAAGGGAUCGGUUGAAGACUCUUCUUGGAGACGGAUCACAAGUAACCAUGAUCAUUCACCAGUUACUCAAAGACUAUUCAAAGGAGGUUUCUUGCACUAUGUAGCUCAGCCCAAUAGUGACAAAUAUCUGGUAAUGAGAUUCAACGUGAGUACUGAAGAUUUCACUAUCAUUGAAGUACAUGACAGAGGCGAAACCUCUACAGUUAAUGAUCAUCGUUGGAAAUUGGUGAAUUACAAUGGGGAAUUGCCUUGGUAG